AUGAUCAAAGGCCUCUGGAAACCUCAGUAUGAGUCUUACAUGCUGCUAAUACUCUCGCCAGAUAAAGAGCUAACCUACGUCCAUCUUUACCCUGGCGGACAUUACACUGACAUCUCAUAUUCAUCUCCUCCAACACUUCCACACUGUGUUUCCUUCAAAUCCCGCGUUCCACUCGGCAAGCUUCCAGUUCGAACCACAGAAGGCCAAGGGCUGAAAGGUGUGAUUGAUCGGUUACAAGAGUUCAUUAAAAAGGCUUAUCAAGACGAUAUUGCCGACUCCGAAAACAAUGCUGUUGUGUCUUACAAGGACAAAUCGGUCAUAGCUCUUCGUCGAUGUGAGCGUGCACUCCACCAAGGGUUCAGCAUGUUGACGGAAAGCCAAGCUUUUGAAGCUACCACGGAAUUUUGUACAGUAGACCUUGUGCAGAUAUAUAAACCACAAAAGGGGUCUAUCAUUGAUCUGAGGAUGAAAAGCAUUGCGGUCAAGAUGAAGAGCAUUGUGGAGUGA